CGCCUCCUCAAUCCUCACCACUCACACUCUUCCUCUGCUUCUUAAUCAAUCCUCAGUUGAUUAUUGAGCCAUGUCUUCCUCUGCUGCUGCUGCUGCUGCUGCUGCAGUGAGAGUGGCCCUGGUGGUGGUGUUUCUAAUGGCGACGAUGGCCGCCGGCGGUAGCUUCUUGGAGGACUUCGAUGUCACCUGGGGCGACAGCCGCGCUAAGAUUCUGGAAAACGGCCAGCUCCUUACCCUCGCCCUCGACCGCACCUCCGGUUCCGGCUUCCAGUCCAAGCACGAGUACCUCUUCGGCAAGAUCGACAUGCAGAUCAAGCUCGUUCCUGGCAACUCCGCCGGCACUGUCACUGCCUACUACUUGUCGUCGUUGGGAGCUACUCACGACGAGAUCGACUUCGAGUUCCUCGGAAACCUCAGCGGCGAGCCCUACACUCUGCACACGAACGUGUACACGCAGGGGAAGGGCGACAGGGAGAUGCAGUUCCGCCUCUGGUUCGAUCCCACCAAGGAUUUCCACACCUACUCCAUCAUCUGGAACCCGAAACACGUCAUUUUUACGGUGGACGGGACGCCGAUCAGGGACUUCAAGAACCUGGAGUCGCGUGGCAUCGCGUUCCCGCGCAGUCAGCCGAUGCGGGUCUACUCGAGCCUGUGGAACGCCGACGACUGGGCCACCCGCGGCGGGCUGGUGAAGACGGACUGGAGCAAGGCGCCGUUCGUGGCGGCGUACAGGGGUUUCAGAGCCGAGGCGUGCGGCGGCGGCCGGCCGUGCGAGGCGAGCAAGAGCAAGGGCGGGUGGUGGAACCAGGAGCUGGACCUGACGAGCCAGGGGCGGAUGCAGUGGGUACAGAGGAAAUUCAUGAUCUACCACUAUUGCCACGACGCCAAGCGCUUCCCUCAGGGCCUGCCGCCGGAAUGCUCCAUCCCCUGAACUCGAACAGAGAAAGGAGGACACAUGAGUAUGUUUGUAUGUAUUCUUUAUUCGUUUCUGCAUCAUAAAUAGCUAGCCAGCCUUGUGCUUGUCAUAGUCCCGAGUCAAAGUAUGUGAGGGAACUGCUGCAUGCAUGUGUUCUAUCUGAAUAGAGUAGUUUGGUUGCUUUACCAAUUCCUCUU